UCUAUCAAAUGAAUGUUCCACCGGGACCCCAGCUUACUCUCCAGAUGGCUCCUCUCUCAUAAGCUGCCCCCGGUGUCACAUUUUUCUGAGCUGUGAUUUUUCUCACCCCUCCCUCCUUUCCUGUCUGCUGAUUUCUGACACUGGGACUCCUCCCCGAAGGGCUGUGAUUGACAGCUGCAGCGAAUGCCUUGCUGCCUACAAGCCUGUCAGGCAGGACUGGAGGAACAAAAGCUGCUUGCUACCCCUUUCUCCCUGUGUGGUCUUUUGUGCCUUUUCCCCAGCAGCCGCAGAAGGGUUGAUCUCGGCGCCUCUCCUCAAUGCCGCCUGCAGCCCUGUGAGGGAAGCAGAGCUGUAGCUUCGCUGGUCCUAGCUGUGGUCCAGGAUGCAUCGGCUGAUAAAAGAAGAAUCCAGCUACAGAAUGAGCAGCCUUGAAAAUGCAACUCGAGAGCAGAGCAAAGAAAAGCUGCACAUGAAACUCUGCAGUGGGUCCUCCCAUGCUGAGCAAAUCCUCCAGACUCUGAACUCCUACCGGCAGAGCGGCAUCUUCACCGACGUGGUGCUCUUGAUUGAUGGGCAGGAGUUCCCCUGCCAUCGGGCCACCUUGUCAGCCAACAGCACCUACUUCCGGGCCAUGUUCGGUGGUAGCCUCAAGGAAGGCCAUCAAGACAUCAUCAACAUCCAGAAGAUCUCUGCCUCCACCAUGAGCCUCCUUCUGGACUAUAUGUAUGGGGGAAACAUAGUCAUUCAGGAAGACAAUGUUGAAGAUAUCUUAGAGCUAUCUGACUUGCUUCAGAUCUCCAAGCUCACAGAUGCGUGUGUCACCUUCCUUGAAGGCCAGCUUCACCCAUGCAACUGCUUGGGCAUCCUGAAGCUCGCCGACUCAUUCUCCAUCACCUCCCUGGCUGAGAGGAGCAAGAGGUUUAUGCUAGAAGGCUUCGUGGAGGUGUCAUGUCAUGAGGAGUUCCUGGAGCUGAGCGUGAAGGAGCUGGUCAAGUAUCUGUCAGAUGAGCAGCUGGUAGUCCCCAAGGAGGAAGUGGUCUUCGAAGCAAUGAUGCGGUGGAUACGGCAUGAUGUUGUCACCAGAAAAGGAGCUUUGAAAGAUCUCCUUGAGCACGUGCGCCUCCCUCUGCUGGAUCCCAUGUACUUCCUGGAAAAGGUUGAAAUGGAUGAGCUCAUCCAGGACUCCAAGGAGUGCAUCCCUUUACUGCAUGAAGCACGGAAGUACUAUAUCCUUGGGAGUGAAGUCAGCUCUCUGAGGUCAAGGCCUAGGAGGUUCAUGGAAUUAGCAGAGGUCAUAGUAGUUAUAGGCGGCUGUGAUAAGAAAGGCCUUUUGAAGCUCCCCUUCACUGAUAUGUACCAUCCGAAGAGCAGGCAGUGGACAGCACUCUCUAGCGUGCCAGGGUACACCAAAUCGGAGUUUGCAGCCUGCACCCUAAAGAAUGAUGUGUAUAUAUCAGGAGGGCACAUCAACAGCAGCGAUGUUUGGGUGCUGAGCUCCCAGCUGAACGUCUGGAUCAAAGUUGCCUGUCUGCACAAGGGCAGAUGGAGACACAAAAUGGCGACUCUUCAGGGCAAGAUCUACGUGGUGGGGGGGUUUGAUGGCUUUUACCGCCUGGCCAGCGUGGAAUGCUACGAUACGUUCUCCAACAGCUGGUCGGCUGUCGCCCCUUUGCUGGAAGCGGUGAGCUCGGCAGCUGUGGUCCACUGUCUGAACAAGCUCUACGUGAUUGGGGGCGCUGUGGAUGACAGCGCAAACACAGACAAGGUCCAGUGCUAUGAUCCCGAGGAGAACAAAUGGACGUUCAGGUCUCCCACCCCCUUCUAUCAGAGGUGCAUUAAUGCUGUCUCCUUGGACAACAUGAUAUACGUUGUGGGUGGACUCCUGAGUAAAAUCUUCUGCUACGAUCCCAGAAAAGACACCUGGAGAGAAGUGGCCACUCUCCCAGGACCUCUGGAGAGCUGUGGGGUGACAGUGUGCGGUGGGAAGAUCUACAUCCUGGGCGGCCGGGAUGAGAAUGGGGAAGGCACAGACAAAGCUUUCACCUUUGACCCAGCGACGGGGAACGUGGCGCAGCAGCCCCCGCUGCAACGCUGCACCAGUUACCACGGCUGCGUUACCGUUCUCCAGCGUGUGAGCAGAUGACCCUGCUGCUUCCUUCCCCUCCCCGGGAGAAGGCAGUUACUCUCAGUGCCAAAAAAUGACCCUCUGUCCUGUUCGUUGCAGUUAUACAUCAGUCUAUGUGGAAGAGCAACGUCAAGUGACCAAUGCAGGCAUGCUGUGGCUGUGAGGCACCAGCUGGAAGGAAGGUGGGGGUGAGGGGAGUCACGACUGCAAAUAUUAAGUAAUUGCUGUCAUUGUUUUGGUGGAGGUGAAUGCUGCUUUGUGCUGGGGGAGGAGGGAUGUGGGCAGUGCAUAACUUACGGGGCAGGGAACACUGCACUAAGACCAGUAGGUCUCA